AUGUGCCAUCUCCGAUGGUUGAUGGUAUCAUUUCUUCUCGAUUUGCUCAGUAUGUAUGGAAGCUGCGAGCAAUUUUUGAACUGUGCAAAUGAUACGAAGAUUAUUGAUAAUCUCUUAAAGGAUUCAUAUAAUAAACAUUACCUCCCUAACCAUCCAGUACAUGUUCGCGUCGACAUGUGGGUGCAGGAGGUAACUGCAGUAUCUGAAUUAACGCAGGAUUUUGAAAUUGAUUUGUACAUAAAUGAAUUCUGGGAAGAUCCAGCUCUCAUAUUUGAUUUUAUGAAUCCUUGUAAAGAAAAUAUAUCAUUUGAUGAUAAAGUUCUUCAAAAGUUAUGGAUUCCUAAUACUUGUUUCAUCAAUUCUAAAACUGCCGCUAUACAUGAAUCGCCUUUCAGGAAUGUUUUUCUUAUGGUUUUCUCGAACGGUACAUUAUGGACAAAUUAUCGUAUGAAACUUACUGGUCCAUGUGAUAUGAAUCUGAAACGGUUCCCCUUCGACAAACAAAAAUGCUUCCUCACAUUCGAAUCGUUCAACUAUAAUACUGGCGAAGUGAGAAUGUCGUGGAAUCAGCCUUAUCCAGUGAUGUUGCUCAAAAACAUAGAAUUGCCCGAUUUUAAGCUGGCCAAUUUUAGUGUUAUUGCAGUUGAACAGAUGUAUCCAGCAGGAUGGUGGGAUGAACUUACGGUUGCCUUUGUAUUCAAGCGAAGAUAUGGUUGGUAUAUUCUACAGGGUUAUAUUCCUACAUAUGUUACUAUAUUCAUUUCGUGGAUAUCAUUUUAUCUAGGAUCUAGGCUAGUUUCCUUAGUAUUUUGCGAAGAAUUGAAACAAAUUUUUGUGACUAUUUUCACUAUUUAUAUUUAUUAUUUAAUUAUUAAAAUUAUUUUCAGAGCAAUUCCUGCUCGCACAAUGCUUGGAGUGAAUUCAUUAUUGGCGAUGACUUUCCAGUUCGGUAAUAUUAUACGCAAUUUGCCGAGAGUAUCUUAUGUUAAAGCUAUAGAUGUUUGGAUGCUUAGUGGGAUGAUGUUCAUAUUUUUAUCACUUCUAGAACUAGCUGUAGUUGGCUUCAUGUCAAGAAACGAAGGUGCACCACGACGAGUCGCACCUAGGAAACGCAGCUUUGAAAUGGAAGAGAUUGCGUGGAAAGAAAUGCCAAGCCCUAGGCUUGGAUUGCGACAGGUACUCUAUUUUUAUUUGCAAUAUUUGAUGAGUACAUAA